UUAGAGCAGUCCUCUCUGUUACAGCAGAGAGAGGAACAGGGACACACUCUCAUAGCCUGUCCGCUGUGUUAAAUAACCUGCUACGCCAAUAAAAAUUUUUUUUUAGAACACCGCUUCUUCUGGAUUACCACUUCCACCUUUCUUAAACAGGAAAAGUAAGGAGUAUUUCCCAUUUUCUCUGUCCUCUUUUUCUUUUCUCUGCCUUUUGAGCCUGACCUGCCACCAAGGAACAACAGAGCAGGAAGGAGAUAGAUAGACAGCAAUAUAUCAGCCUGAGAGCGACGGAUGUGUUCAGAGGAUGAGUCCGGCUUUAGAAGCACUGAUGGAGGGGUGUAGAUACCCAGGGAAAGACGAUAUGAAGGGAGGAGUAAUGUUGGAACCGUUUGUUCAUCAAGUCGGUGGUCACUCUUGUGUACUGCGUUUCGGGGAGCAGACCAUCUGCAAACCACUAAUACCAAGAGAACACCAGUUUUAUAAGAGCCUUCCACCAGAGAUUCGCAAAUUCACACCACAAUACAAAGGCGUGGUAUCUGUGAGUUUUGAGGAAGAUGAGGAGGGGAAUCUGUGUUUGAUAGCAUACCCGCUUUGCAGCGAUCCUGUUGAUUUGGAGAACAAGGAGCCCUCUGCUGAUGGCGAGCCCAAGAAUAAGCUUGUCAAGUGGGGAAAGAAGAAGCCAUCGGCCCUGCUCCCGGAAAACGAGAGAGUCAGACAGAGCCGCAAAGAGGAGAAGGGCAAAAGUAAAUGGGAUGAUAAGGCAGAGGUUUUGUACUACAGUCUGGAGAAAGGUAAUGUGGUUCCUCAAAUCAAGCACAACCCUUGGAGUUUGCAGUGCCACCAGCAACACCUACAGAGGAUGAAAGAGAACUCCAAGCACCGAAACCAGCACAAAUUCAUUCUGCUGGAGAACCUAACAUGGCGUUAUCGGGUUCCAUGUGUUCUUGAUCUGAAGAUGGGUACACGCCAGCACGGAGAUGAUGCUACUGAGGAGAAGAAAGCCAAUCAAAUCCGCAAAUGCCAACAAAGCACUUCCUCCUCUAUCGGAGUCCGCCUCUGUGGCAUGCAGGUGUAUCACAACACUACAGAGCAACUAAUAUUUAUGAACAAGUAUCAUGGCCGCAAGUUGAGUCUGGCUGGGUUUAAAGAGGCUCUUUGCCAGUUCUUUAGUGAUGGACGAGUUCUGCGCCAAGAACUUCUGACCCCAGUGCUGCAGAGACUGAGAGAGAUGAGGGCGGUUCUGGAGGCUUGCGAGAGCUAUCGUUUCUUCUCCUCUUCACUUCUCAUCAUCUACGACAGUGCUUCAUCAUCUGCCCCAUCCAGAUCCCGGCCCUCUCGUGGAGGAGAGGAGGAAGAUGAGGAAGACGAUGACGAAGAUGAUGACGAUGAUGAAGUUGGAGCCUAUGGAGGGCGCCACGACCUCUCUAGCAGCUCUGGUCUGGUUUCUCCCAUGGUAGAUGUGCGAAUGAUCGAUUUUGCCCACACGACGUGCCGUGAUUAUGGAGAGGACAGCAUCGUUCACGAGGGUGGAGACAGUGGCUACAUUUUUGGUCUUCAGAAUCUCAUCAGCAUUCUGUCACAGCUUGAGGAACACAGCAACGACUAGACACUUGUGCGCCGUCUUAACAUUCAAUCACCAUGCCAGGCUUACCUUGGGCACCUGACCAUGCCAGCAGGGUUCAAGUUCACACUUAGCUCACCCUGAUGUGCUUUUUCAAAGGCCCUAGCAGAAGCAGUUUCAUAGGUAAGGGUGAAAGGGUCCAUUCUGAAUUCCCUGUAACCCUCGGGAGCUGAAGGGACUGAACUGCUUGCAAGCAGGAUUGUUUUGUAAUAUCUCUAAAGGAAGGAGGGUGGUCCCUCGCUACGCCUGUUGCUUCUGCUCGCCCUGAAUGACAAACGGGCGGUAGAUGAGUUUCUGCAAGGUCUCAUCUGACUCUUUAUUUUUUUCUCUUUAUCUAUGAAAGAUAAAGGAGAUAAGCUGAUGUUUGCAUUGAAUAAGAAGCUUUUUUAAAAACUGAUUAUAAAAUAGACAUUGUCUCUCUCAGAAAUACCUUUCUGGUUUUGUAGCAAGAGAACUGAGAUAUUUUGUCUCUAUCUCGUAGAACUUGGCAGCACAAUAAAAAACUGAUAUUACAAAUGUGAUAAUUCAGAACAUAUGAUGGUGCUUUAAAAACUCUAAGCAGGCCCCUGCAGGAGCAGGACACAAGGGAAGAAACCUUUUCUCAUUUUUGUAGGGAAAGAUGGUUGUGUGGAAGUGGGAAUUGAGUUCUUCCGUUCCUUGCCAUAUAAGACUUAUGGACAUUUUCUGUUGAACUUUUGGUUGGGGACAGCUGACAAUAUGGACGUCUGAAUAUGUUUCAUUGUCUUGGAUCCUCUUCAUUCCAUAGCCACGAGAUUUAAAAUCCUCACUCCAGAGACUUUAAAGAGAAUCCUAUUUAUUUAUAAGAAUAUUUCUAUAAUGUGAAACAAAAAAACUUUAAAUGGAAAUGUGACAUUCCAUCCAAUGUCAUAUACAAUAUGAUGUAAGGAAUAUAUCGGUAGAGAAAGAUUUUAUUUGUCCUGGUUUUCUCUGUGUUUGACACAAUGAAACAAAAUAAAGACAAUUCUGUUUUCUU